AUAUUCAUAAUCAAUCUCUUUUCCCAAAAGGCAAAUAUUCUGAGUAAAGUUGACAACCUUUAUUUGAGCUUUUCAUCCUUCUCUAGUUUCCUCUCCAUGCUGUAUGAUCCCAACAUUUCUUCCCUAUUUUUCUUACCACAAGUUUCUUCCUUUAAACCUCUCUAUAAAUUCCAACCUCAAUCUACCAUUUUCAAUCAAUCUAAACUAAAACAACCUAGUUUCUUCUACUUCUUUUUGUCCUAAAAAGUUAGAAAAAAGAUGAAUCUCUAUGGUUUCAACCCAGAAAUAAUAUCAUGUCAGAGUUUUGUAAGUGAUCAAGAAAUUGAAAACCCAUCAUUUCAAAACUACAAUAACAAUGAUCAACAACUUAUUGAGAUUUCUGCUCAAGUUCAACCUUUUAAUAAUGAAUGCCAAAUUGUUCCUUAUCAUCAUCAUUUAAGUCAACUACAAUUUGAUUCAUUAUUAGAUCCUACAGAAGUUCCUGAUAUUCCUGAUACUUGUUUCAAUUACAUAAAUGAUCUUUUAAGGGAAGAAUAUCAUUCUCAAGAUGAUUAUAUUGAUACUCCAAAUUCAACUCUUGAAGAUUAUAUGGCUGCUCAAAUGUCCUACAAAUCCUUAGAUGUUGCUGCUUCUAAUCUUCUUGGUGAGAAUAAUUUUUCAUUUCCAUUUUCAGCUAAUAAUCUUCAUCAAAACCCACCUUCUGAUCUUUCUCAAACUUGCUUAGAUGAUUAUUAUAACAUGUUUUCCAGCAUUAUUAGUAAUAGUAUUCCAUUACAUAGUUAUCCCCCAAGUGUUAUUUCUGCUAAUCACAGUAUUGUUCAUAAUACUAGUUUUGUUGGAAAUCUUAAUGAUGGUAAUUUUGGGUGUAGUUUACCCUUAGUAGAAUCAUGUAAUGGGGUCGGUUCGAUUCCGGCCCCUGUGAAUGUGAUCAAUGGAGGAGGAGGAGGAAGACGAGAAGGAGGAGGAGGAGAGGCGAACCACUCUGAGGAAGCCGCAUUUGCUUUCCUCAUGAAUGACAUUAAUGUUCAUGAACAAGGGAAUAUGAACUUGUAUACAAAUACUGCAACACUUUUUCAAGAUCAAAGUGGUAAUUCUAAUGUACCAAUUAGUGGAAAUGGUGGGAGUUUUACUGAUAAUUCUAGGAGAAGAAAGCAUGAUGAAGGGGAAAAUAAUCAAGAUACAAAUGGAAGAAACAACAAGAAUUUAGCUCCUAGCAAUGAUGAUGUAAAAGAGCAAAUUGAGCAGUAUGGUGAUGUGAUACUCUGCCCUGAAGGACGAAGUAAGCCAGGUGCACUAUGUAAUAACAGAUGCAAGCCACAAAACUCAGGAGAUGAUUCUUCUAAGGUGUCAAAGAAGCGAGGCAACAAAGUACAAGUUGUUGAUUUAAGGGGACUAUUAACGCGGUGUGCUCAAUGUGUCGCGCAAGUAGACUUGAUUAGUGCUUAUGAGAUGCUUAAGCAAAUAAGGCAGCAUUCAUCUCCCCAUGGAGAUUUCUUACAAAGAGUUGCACAUUAUCUUGCGAAUGGACUUGAAGCGCGAUUAGAAGGAAAUGGGUUAGAGUUAACUCAUGUCAACAAAGAAAUUUCACCCUCUGAGGUCCUUAAAGCUAACAGAAUCUAUGUAGCAUCAGUGCCUUUCCAAAUUAUGUCUUUUUACACCAUGAACAAGACAAUUGCAGGACUAGUUGAAGAAGCACCUAGUAUUCACAUUAUAGAUUUUGGAAUUUACUAUGGUCUUCAAUGGCCUUGCAUUAUACAAAAUCUCUCCAAGAGGCCUAAUGGACCCCCAAGGAUCCGAAUCACAGGGAUCGAUUUGCCUCAAGAAGGUUUCCGGCCUUCAGAAAAGAUUGAAGAGACAGGGAGAUGUUUGGCUAAGUAUUGUGAGAAGUACAAUGUUCCCUUUGAAUAUUGUCCUAUAGCUAAGAAAUGGGAGGAUGUUCAACUUGAGGAGCUCAAAAUUGAGAGGAAUGAGCCUCUUGUAGUAAAUUGUUUGUACAGGGCACACCAACUCUUUGAUGAAAGUGUAGAGGAAAAUAGCCCAAGGGAUAAAUUUCUAAAGUUGGUUAAGAAGAUUAGUCCUGAUAUAUUUUUGCACGCGGUUGUGAAUAGCACAUCGAGUGUUCCUUUCUUUCUAAAUCGAUUCAAGGAAGCUAUGUUUCAUUACUCGGCCUUGUUUGAUAUAUUCGAGUCUACAAUGAGUAGGGAAGAUAGCGAAAGGUUGUUACUCGAGAGCAAAUUAUAUGGGCCUCAAGCCUUGAAUGUAAUAGCAUGUGAAGGUAUAGAGAGGGUUGAGAGGCCUGAAAGCUAUAAACAAUGGCAAAUUCGGACUCAAAGGGCAGGGUUUAAGCAAGUUGGAUUAGACCGCGAGCUUUUGAGGAGGGCAAGGGCUAUGGUUAGAAGGAGUUUUAGACCAGAAUUUAGUUAUGAUGAAGAUGGUUUUUGGGUGGUUCAAGGUUGGAAAGGGAGGAUCUUGUAUGCCAUUUCUUGUUGGAAACCUGUAUAACAAACUAUCAUUUUGUUUUUUCACUAGCUUUGCUUCUUGUAAUAGAUUCAUGUUACUAUGUUAGAUUGUUAGUAAUCAAACAGGGCAAUACUAAGUGCUAUAAUUCUUUUGUUAGAGUCGUCUUUUUUGUAUGUAUAGAUGAAUUCUAAUGAUAUAUGAAGCUUUUGUUUGGCAGUA